UUAAAAAGUGCAAAGAAUGCCCCUCCUUUAUACACAGAAGUUUGCUCUAGAAAUCCUACUACACUUAUGCAAUCAAAAAGUAGCUCUGUAUUUUCAAACAAAAACUUUGGUCUAUCUUUAGAAGGAGAAAAUGAUUUUACUCAUCUUGAAUCAUUGGUUGUUAAAGACCAUGCUGGGUCAAUCAGUGAUGUCCAGGAUGAUUCAGAUGAUGACCCAAACUGGGAAAAUAAAUUUAGCGGUGAUGAUUCAUCUUUAGAAAGUAAUAAUAUUCAACAUGAAACAAAUGUUGUAUUAUUUUCCCCUAACACACAAACCUGGAAAGUUAAUGCAUUAAAUGAAACAGAAUGUACUAAAUUAGAAUUAAAUAAUCAAGGUCCAUUUAAGUCACCCGGAAAAUGGAAUAUAUCUAGUGUUAGCAAUGAUAAAAUAAAAUUAGCGAAUGUGACAAGAGCCUUGGAUUUAGAUGAAAAUAGUAAAAUUGUGAUUGAUGAAUCAACUUCAGAUGUAGGUACAUCAAAAUCUACAAAUAUGUCAUUUAAUGUUAAUGCUAAUACGUUCAUGUCUUCUCAUGAUUUUCAAAAAUUUGUAUUUACUUCUUUAACACAUUUUAAGUAUGACAUUAGUGCUAUGAUGCACAUUAUAAAAGACACAAAUGAGAAGGUUCAAGCACUCAUAUCUCAAUCAAAUGGCAAUCAUUUUGAUUCAGCGCUAUCUCUAAAACAAAGUAGUUUAGAUUUGAAUAUGUUUCCUAUAACUACUGAAAACCAACUUAUGGAUAUAGAAAAAAAGAUUGAUGAUGAUAUUAAUUUUAAAAAUGAACUGGUAUGUAAGUUAUCAUUGUUAGUUGAUAAUAACAAUUUAAACAACAGUGUGCGAAGAAUAAUUUCACGUUUGUGUGAUGAUAUAUUGCUUUUGAACUACUCAUUAACUGGAUUUAAACAUAAUAAGACAUUUAAAAAUCUGAAUGUUUAUCGUGUACUUAUUGAUGCUGUGAGAAUGAACGUACAAUUUAGUAAAAUUCCAGAUCAAAAAAUUGAUGUUCCAUUACGAGUUUGGUUGGAUCAUUCAAAAUUCAGAAUAAGAGACAAGAAAGAAAAAAAUAAUAACACAUUAAAUAAUUGUU